AUGGGCCGUCCGUUGCACGAGCUGGUCAUCGAGAGGCCGGCGACGUCGAUCAUUGCAACGAUUCUCGUCGCUGUCUGGGGAAUCUGCGCCAAGAAAGGCCUCGGAUACGGCGAGCUCGGCGUAAGCUUCACUGCUGUCGCUGUGCAGGGUCAGCUAUGGCGCGCGGCAGUUGCCCAGGUGUGUCACGUGGACCUGCUGCACCUGGCAUUCAACGUCAGCGCGCUGUGGAGCCUCGGUGGCGCCGAAGUCCUCCUCGGCCACGCCGCGUACACCAGGAUCACCACCAUCCUCUUCGUGUUGGAAACACCGAUUCUACUGUCCAUGUACUACGGGCUGUCACGGGUGCAGUUCGCGCCCGGCGCGGAGAGGUACCUCUCGCAGGUCUCCGUGGGCUACUCCGGGGUGCUGUUCGGGUGGUUCGCAGUCAUACCGACGCUCCCCCCCCGCCUGGGAGCGCAGGCGGGCGCCGUGCGCCUGCUCGGGCUGCCGGUGCCCCCGCUGGCGGCGCCGUUCGCGGCGCUCGUGUUCACGAGCCUGCUCGUCCCUCGCGCGUCCUUCCUGGGCCACCUGGCGGGGAUCGUCGCUGGGUUCGCGGUAGGGGGGUGUGCGUGGGUGGCCCCGUGGGCGCUGACGUGGCCUGUGGUCGGCGCUGUGGGGUCGCUGGCGGGCGCGGCGUGCGUGUGGUCGUGGGUGCGCGAGAGGGGCGGACGGGGGGGAGUCUUCGCGCUGUUCCCGGGGGGGAGUGAUAGCUCCAGCGGCGCAGCGCAGCAGGUACACCCCGGGGGGUGGAACGAGCCGGAGGGGCACGUGCGGGACGCGGAGGGAGUGUGA